AUGUGCCCAGAACCAACACCAACCCACCCAUUCUCACUAGCCACUCGGAUUGCGAUCUACAUCUCUCAGCGAGCACUGUUCAUCAGACCAUACCCCCACAAACAACCAGCCAACGGCGAACUGAUCAGGAUAGAAUGGUCUCAACAACCCACUCUGGCACUCAUCCAGGACCAGAAGACCAUAGAGGAUGAACUCAGUCUACCCGGUACUCUCAAGAUUCAAGUAGACGGACUCGUCGGCCUCAUUCAACUCUUUCAGGACACCUAUCUUAUCUCCAUAUCCUCGCAUUCCGUGGUAGCCAGGCUUGAAGGGAAAGAGCUCAACAGGAUCGAACGAGUCCUGGCGAUCCCAUUGGUCUAUCAAAAAGCGCACGAAAUCGUCAAGAAUGAGCUCGGCAGAAGAAGACCAAGUAUCGGCCAAACACUGUCUUCUAUCUCAACCUCAACCUCGAAUAAUAGCAUCAUUACUACUGCUACCACCAGCACUGAUGAUCUGUCAAGUGAAACAGAUCAACAAGAAAUCAUGCCACCUGAAGCCGACGAAGACCCUCCUCCAGACAGUCUACCAUCACAAUCACAAUCUUCAUCGCCAUCGUUAUCAUCAUCAGUUGAAGAAGGUUUUCAGAAGAUAGUCGAGCCCAACAAGAUCAACUUUACUCGUUUAUUAUGGAAGCCCAAGUCACUUGACCAUCAAGAGCCAAAUCUAUCAACUACUGGUCCACCCGAGAAUAUUCACCCUGCUCAGCCGACGAGGAGUACUGAGUCUGUGACCAACAACCAGGCCGCUGAAGAGCCCCCGCCAACCAAUCUGGAAGGCUGCCUCUCGCUCGAUAAGAAAUUCAUCACUGUCCUGUCCGACGAGCUCACUCGUGGGGGGAUGUUCUAUGCACUGGACUGGGACAUCACCCAUUCCUUCCAAUCGAAGGCCGAUCACUGCUCGUCAGGCGAACGAGAGCCCAGAAUAUCAGAACCGCUCCACAAACGCGCCCAACUACGCUUUUGGUGGAACCAGCGAUUGAUUGAACCUUUCGUUAAAAGUGGGUUUGAUAAUUUAGGAUAUGUGAUCAUGCAAGGAUUUGCCGAAUCGACCCAAGUGAAGAUCUUAAAACUCAAGGGGGACGAACCGGUGGGCGAAAGAACAAAAGCAGAAGAUGAGGACAAGGAAGAAGGAGAAGAAGAUAGAGGAACACAUAAAGAGGUAGAUUUAGUAGAGAUUGAGAUUGGCCUGAUUUCCCGCAGGUCUGUCCUAAGGCCAGGGUUGCGGUACCAGCGGCGAGGGAUUGAUGGGGCGGGCUCGGUGGCCAAUGCGGUGGAGAGCGAAUGUGUGAUCACCACGCCUGCUGACCCGGGAAAAGGUUUUUGGAGUUUCGUGCAGGUCAGAGGAUCGGUCCCGCUCAUCUGGUCCCAGAGCUCCUCCACCGGGCUGAGGCCGCCGAUCGUCCUCGAAGGCGAUCCAAAUGAAAACUUAGAUGCUAUGAAGAAACAUUUUGCAGAUUUGGUCGAUUCUUACGGUCGUAUCCUCGUCAUCUGCUUGGCCGAAAGGAGCGGCAACGAGGGCCGGCUGGUGGCCGAGUUCGAGCGCCAGGUCAGCCUGCUGGGAAACACUUUCCUUGCUGAUCGGUCCGAAAAAGAUGCAGGGCCCGAGCGGGCAGAAGAAUUGAAGGCAUGGGUCAAGUUCAUCAGCUGGGACUUCCAUCAGCAAUGUAAAGGGAUGCAUUACGAAAACGUGUUGGAUCUGGUCAAGCAAAUGGAUAACGAUAUCACCAACUUCGGAUACUUUUCGAGGACGGGCCACCGACAGAAGGGAGUGAUACGCUCGAACUGCAUCGACUGUCUGGACCGCACGAACGUCAUUCAAUCGGCAAUAGCAAAGGAAAUUCUUAACCGCUUCCUGCGACACCUCAACCUGCCCAUCAAUCCUGACCUGGCUCACGACCAACUUGACGUCGCCUUCAACUCUCUCUGGGCGAACAAUGGCGACCAAAUUUCGAAACAGUACGCCGGUACUUCCGCACUCAAGGGCGAUUUCGUCAGAACUGGGAGGAGAAAUUGGAGAGGCGUAGUAAACGACGCCACCAAUUCAGUGGCUAGGAUGUGGCACAAUUCAGUGUCUGAUUUCUUCAAACAAAGAGUUUUAGAUUACACACUGGGGAUCAGUGUGACUACCUUUUCUCAAUUCCAACAAACGUGUUCGUCCAUUGAUCCUAACGAUUUGAAUCGAUUUGUGAAAUUUCGGUCACUUGCAAUUGAUGAUGCAGCUAAGCAAGUCUUAUCGGAAGGGGAGAGCAAACUCGACGGCUGGAAUCUCUUGACCCCGAGUGAAGAAACUUCAUCCCAAUCGAUCAAAGCCGUCCCACUGGGUCUCGAAGAAAGGAUUAUCAUCUUGAGCGCGGCAGCUCUUUACAUUGUUAGCUAUGAAUACGUCUUGUCAAAGGUGCAAGGAUUUUUGCGGAUUGGUCUGGAGGAUAUUGUCAGCCUGCAAUUGGGAGUUUAUAUAACUUCUGUGGCAGAUGAGCGAGAGCGAGAGGAGGAAGGAAAUUACGGCUUCGUGAUCUCGUACGAUACGGUCGGUGCGACGGAAAAGAAGAACACGUAUUCAAUGCGACCUGAGGGAAGAAGGUCGAGUACGACGACGCUUGAGGGUGGGAUGAGCGACAGCGUGUCAGUACUGGUCGAGCCAGAAAACACUCCUGCGCGGACGAUUCAGCAGGUGGCAUUCAAGGCGCCCAAGGACCUCUCCGGCGACUCUGUCUCUCACGCUCUUGAUCAAAGCCAGGACGAUCGGCAGAAGGGCCGGUUUUCGGCCGAAAGCUUCAUUGGACAGCUGAUCAAGCGGCUCGAACUGGCGUGCAGCCGCCACCAAAUCAUCUUCAUCGACGACGCCCGUGCGCCUCGUGCCGACGGCCUUACUGGCCAGGAUGACGAUGCGGAGCAGCAGCUCGAGGACGACGACACCGAGAGGCUGAGACGGCUCGUCGUCGUCGACCGUAGCCCCAUCAUCAGCAUGGACGACUUUCACGCGGCCACGGGCUCCCAUUCCGCCAUGCCCUUCAACUUGUUCGCCCGGAUGUCCAGAGGCGUCAAGCAGAUCAUCGGCUAA